CACCCAAAACAAGACUCAUUUAUCUCCUUCUAUCCUUCUUUACUGCUGUGAUCUUUCGUUCUCCAUUCUUUCAUUUUUCAUAAAAAAAAAUGUCAACCACCACUCCGCUCCACGCAGCAGCUCCAAAGAUCACUUCCCUGUCUGCCCAACUGCCGAGGGGCGAGCGGAAUCUGUUCUCGACAUCGGACGACAAUGCGAUGAUGAAGCAAAUACUGGGCACCCAUGCUCACGAUGGUCGAGAGGUUGAUGUCAAACCUCUCCUCCAAAUCGUCGAGGACAUCUUUCAUCGUUCACCACCCACCGCCACUACCACCACUAAUGUCGUAGACGGCAUCGUCCAACAUGUUGUUGCGGCUGAUACGCACACCCACAUUGAUGCAUUGGUGGACAAGACCCACCACCUUGGCUUCGCCGGCAUGCUCGAAGCAUUGGCGUACACCAUACAUAAGAUUUCCUGCGAGCUAUCGUACAAGUGCUCCGGUGGAACUGAUGCACAUGCGACAGCGCUAGCCAUAUUCAGCACACUGGCAAGUUACUCAUGGGACGCAAAGGUGGUUCUCUCAUUAGCAGCAUUCGCAGUUAACUAUGGGGAGUUCUGGCUGGUGGCUCAGCUUUACCCCACAAACCCGCUGGCCAAGUCGAUUGCUCUCCUUAAGCAACUCCCUGAUAUAUUGGAGCACUCGGAGCUUUUAAAACCCCGGUUCGAGGGGCUUAGGAACCUCAUCAACGCCAUGCUGGACUUAACCAAGUGCUUGAUCGAGUUCAAGGAGCUACCUACCCAGUACAUCUCCACCGACACACCGCCCAUGGCCGUCGCUAUGAGCCUUAUACCCACCGCUGCUUAUUGGACGGUCAGAGGUGUUGUGGCCAGCGCAACCCAGAUCAAUGGCCUCAUUGGCUUGGGUCAUGAGUACAUACCAUCGACAGCUGAGGCUUGGGAGUUGUCCAGCUUGGCCCACAAGAUCAACAACAUAAAAGAACAUUUCAGGAAGCAACUCCACUUUUGCUACCAACACAUAGAUGAGAAGAGACACAUCGAAGCUUUUCAGACGCUUGUUCGCCUGUUCGAGACACCCCACAUUGACAACAUGAAAAUACUCAGAGCGCUCAUUUACUCCAAAGAUGAUAUGCAACCAAUUUUUGAUGGUACCACCAAGAAAAAGGUUGGCCUUGAGAUUCUGAGGAGGAAGAAUGUGCUACUGCUUAUAUCGGACCUUGAUAUUUCCCGCGACGAGCUUUCCAUUCUGGAGACGGUGUACCUGGAAUCCCGUCACCAACCAUCCAGGCCAGAGAGCCAGUUCGAAAUGGUUUGGCUUCCGGUGUUGGAUAAGUCGGUCCCAUGGAAUGAAAGCAGCAGGCAAACCGACUUUGAGCGACUACAAUCGAUCAUGCCUUGGUACUCUGUAAACCACCCCUCAUUGAUCGAUCAGGCUGUCAUCAGGUACAUCAAGGAGGUGUGGCACUUCAGCAAGAAGCCUAUCCUAGUGGCGUUGGAUCCACAAGGUAGGGUUGUCUGCCCCAAUGCCAUCCACAUGAUAUGGAUCUGGGGAAGUUUGGCCUUCCCUUUCACCACCGCCAAGGAGGAAAGCUUGUGGAAGGAACAAACUUGGAGGCUUGAUUUUGUGGUGGACGGGAUUGAUCCCACCAUUCUCAAUUGGGUAGCGGAAGGGCGAUACGUAUGUUUGUAUGGAGGGGAGGAUCUGGAAUGGAUUGAGAAAUUUGUGACAGCAGCACGAUACGUUGCACAAGAAGAAAAUAUUCCCUUAGAGUUCGUGUACGUGGGGAAGAGCAAGCCAAGGCUACCAUUGUCGAGGAUAAUUGAUUUCAUCAAGGCGAAAAAUCUCGGUAACUAUUGGACAGAACGUACACUGAUCUGGUUCUUCUGGGCACGGUUGCAGAGCAUGUAUUACUCAAAGACACAGUUGCCCAGCAAGACCACCACCGACAAUGACAACAAGAUACAACAACAUCUGCCCAGCAGCAAGACCUCCGAAAGUGACCACGUAAUGCACGAGAUCAUGAACAUGCUGAGCUUCGACAGCAGCGACCAAGGAUGGGCAAUAAUCAGUAGGGGCACGGCGGAGAUGAGCAGAUCUAAAGGCGACCAAAUUUAUUCCUCCAUCUCACAGUACAACGACUGGAAGGUGCACAUCCCAACCAAAGGCGGGGUAAUACCGGCGCUCAAUGAUCAUCUCCAUAGCCACCCAACGGAGCACCACUGCAAUCGCCUCAUCCUCCCGGGGACCGUCGGGAGAAUCCCGGAGACGGUGCCUUGUUCCGAGUGCACCCGUCCCAUGGAAAAGUACAUCCUGUACCGUUGCUGCACCGACUGAAGUCACUGAACAGCCAAUCCACAACAUCUGGGGCUGGGCUUUUCCUCUGCCUUAUUAAAUAAUAUAUGGAUGGCUUGUGGCGAUCGAGGACGAAGAGGGUCCAUCCUAUUCCUAUUCCUAGGUUUUAUUUUGGUGUGGUCUUUGAUUAAUAUAUUAUGUAUGUUAUGUGGUUGAAUGGUACGGUAGUGGUGGGCAAUUAGCUCCACCUCUGCCUCUCGUAGCUUAUUAUUAUAUAUUCAUCGGAUGUUUGCGUUAUUUCAUAGUCGGACCAUGCUGUUUCUGUGUGCCUGACAAUAAUGAUAAUAUGAAGCCCACGACUUUGUAUUAA